AUGUAUCUUUUGUCCAGUUUGAUCAUUUUUGUUUUUGUUGAUCAGGUGGCACUGAAAUACGUGUACACAUCCAGGCAUCUGGAUUAUGUCAGCAUCCCGGGUCAUCCUGAACCCCUUCCGCGUGAGGUGGCUCUUCAGAUGCUUGCCUGUGAGGAUGGCCCCCUUACUGAGAUUGUCCAGCUCUUGGACUGGCAGGAACAUACGGACCGCUACAUCAUGGUCCUGGAGCACCCUUCUCCCUGCAAGGGUUUGAAUAAAUUUGUUGAGAGCCAAGGGGGAGAGCUCGACGAGGAAUUAGCGAAACGCAUCAUGUGGCAGUCAUCCUUAGCUGCCUACAUGUGCUGUGAACAGGGGGUUUUCCACCGUAAUAUCACGCUGGAGAACUUCCUUAUAACAACAGACACCAUGGACGUCAAACUGAUCGACUUCGGGUGCGGCGAUCUACUUAAAACGUCGACCUACAAGACGUUCACAGGCACAAGAGAAUACGUCUGCCCUGAAUUUUUAAAAACCGGCGAGUACUACGGAAAGCCAGCGACGGUGUACUCGCUAGGGGUGCUGCUGUUCGCCAUGUUGUGCGGGAAAUACCCCAGCUCUAAUGACCGGCUCUACAUCAAUGAAAGGGUCUGGUCCAAAGACGGCUUGACUGAAGAAUGCUGCCGUCUGGUUCAAGACUGUCUGCAGGAGGAUCCAGAGAAACGUAUUGAUCUGAAAAGGAUCUUUGAGCACGAGUGGUUUCAGAGCAAAGAUCCUGCAGACGACCUCCAGAUUCCCGUCAACUCUGACAGCCAAGAUCAGCCUGAAGAGCAGCUGGAGGAUGAUGAGGAGUCCAAGGUGUUCAUUCGGAAAAUCAAUGGCUGCCAGUAUAAGGUCGGCAGAAAGCUGGGUCAAGGCGGUUUUGGAACAGUCAAUGAAGAGACCCGUGUGCAUGAUGGCUUGCAGGUGGCAGUGAAAUUUGUCUGGAAGACCGAGUUUGUAAUCGAUGACUAUAUCUACAUUCCGGGGCAUCCUAGACCUUUUCCUCGAGAGGUCGGUCUUCAGAUGCUUGCCUGUGCGGGAGAACAUGUUCCUGUGAUCAUCCAGUUUCUGGACUGGCAGGACUUUCUGGACCACUACAUCAUGGUCCUAGAGCGCCCUUUUCCCUGCAUGGACGUGAAGCAUUUUGUGAAGCAAAAUGGAGGCACUGUCACCGAGAAGAUAGCGCGGUUAAUCUUGAGGCAAGCAGCCGAAGCCGCUGAAGUCUGCUGCAAACGGGGGGUUUUCCAUAGGGACAUAAAAAUGGAAAACCUCCUGAUUAACACCAAAACCUUGGAGGUCAAAAUGAUCGACUUCGGGUGUGGCGAUCUUCUCAAAAGCUCGACUUACGAGGAGUUUAUGGGCACAUGGAAAUACGCUAGCCCUGAAUGGCUAGAAAAGGGCGAGUAUCAUGGAAAGCCGGCGACUGUGUACUCGCUUGGAGUGCUGCUGUUCGUCAUGUUGUGCGGGAAAUUCCCAGGCCUUCGUGACCGGUUCUUGAUCAAUGAGUGGUUCUGGAGCAAAGAAGGUUUGACUCAAGGUGAGCUCUUCAUCAGACCAACUGGAGUUCUGAAUGAUAAAAAACAAGCAGAAUGCUGCCGGUUCGUUGUAGACUGUCUGCAGGAGAAACCAGAGGAACGUAUUGAUCUGGAAAUGAUCCGUUACCACAAGUGGUUUCAGAACCAAGAUCCUGCAGAUGACCUCCAGACUCCCGUCCCCUCUGGAAGCCAUCACGUCAUUCAGUUUCCAGAUGAUUCUGGAUCUAACUUCAAUGAUCAUGUGGACAUUUUAAUCCUCCACACUUCAGACAGUCAGUCACACACUCUAGACAGUCAGUCACACACUCUAGACGGUCAGUCACGCACUCUAGACGGUCAGUCACACACUCUAGACGGUCAGUCACACACUCUAGACGGUCAGUCACACACUCUAGACGGUCAGUCACACACUCUAGACGGUCAGUCACACACUUCAGACGGUCAGUCACACACUUCAGACAGUCAGUCACACACUCUAGACGGUCAGUCUGAAGAGAAGCUGGAGGAUGAUGAGGAGUCCAGCGUGUUCGUUCUGGUAAUCAAUGGCUGCCAGUAUGAGAUCGGCACAAUGCUGGGUCAAGCCGGUUUUGGAUCCGUCUAUGAAGGGACCCGUGUGCAGGAUGGCUUAAAGGUGGCAGUGAAAUAUGUCGAGAAGACCAAGAAUAUAAUCGAGGAUUAUAUCUACAUUCCGGGUUAUCCUAGAUCUUUUCCUCAAGAGGUCGGUCUUCACUUGAUUGCCAGAAAGGGAGAUAAUGUUCCUGUGAUCGUCCAGCUUCUGGACUGGCAGGAUUAUCCGGAGCAGUACGUCAUGGUCCUAGAGUCUUCAGACUAA